GUCGUCAAUCUCGGGGAGUGGGAGGAUCUGUACAACUAGCGGUCCCUGGAUCCCAUUCUGGUUGAAGGGAUCAAAGAAGCGAUGCGGUUGGCGUUCGAAAACAAAGAAGAGUCGUACGAGUUGCCAACCCUGAAGCUCGCGCCGCUGGGGCUGCAAAAACCGACUCCCGGGAGCAAAGCACAACGUCUGAAGCCGGAGGAAUGGAAGGACAAGUUGGCAGGACAAUACUACUACUACGCGGUGUGUGGGCAGCAUAACGCGGCUGCAGCCCGAUCGCUGCUCGACAGCGAGGUGGCCAGGAAUGGACUGAAGGGCCGGGGGAUCGCACUUGCCGAAGACAUUGUCCACAUCAAAUGGAAAGACACGGGGGACAUGACAUCCAUCGCGCAAUUCGGCAACGACCCUUUGGAGGCGGACAUCAGGAGUGCAGAGCUAAAGGAAGCAGUGACUGCCACAAAGAGCCACACGUUCGUCCUCGAUCUAUGCGAGCCGGUUGACCUCAAACUGUGGAAACCCCAAGCGUGGGAGACUUUGAAUUCCUACCUUCAGACGUGGUGUCCGUUGCAUUGGACUCUCGUUUCUCGCCAGCAUGCACCAUCUUUCUUUCGUAAAGCUACUAGAAGGAAAGUGGGUGAGGAAGAACCAGCAAAGAAAAGUUUCCCCGUGGGGAAGAAUUUGUACACGAAAGACGACCGCAUGUACAUCCUCUUCAAGGGUAACGAUCUGCGCGUCAACACGUCCGUGGUCCAUGAGGGAAGGUUGCCUAAGGGUGUCGCUGCUGAGGUGCGGUUGCCUCAGAGGGUUACCCAGACGGAUGUGUCGGAGAUUCCCUUCACACCUUGCGACUGGUCGCAGACCGCGCCGGAACGACCGGGCAGUGUCUACGGGGAUAUGGAACGUUAUCCGACACAAUUCGUCGGUCUUCUUGAUUUUCUAAGCAAGAAGGGAGAGGGUGUCGUCUUCCUUGGGAAACCGCAUGCGCGAAGCGUGUGGGAACUUCCGAAGGCAGGCCGACACGUUGUCGCGAUGGAAGGGAACUCCGACCUCUUGCAAUUCACGAUGCAACUGGUCAAAAGCGAGGUCAAUUCGAGGGCGCACAAUUGCGAGGUCAUGGUCGUGAAGGCGACACGGGAUCGGGUGUGGAGCAACAAGACAGACAUGUGGUUCAAGUUGAGCGAGAGGAAGAGGAACAAGAUAUACGACUUCUUGUUCCUUCAAACGCGGCCGAGGAAGGACACAGACGCCGAGUACUCGUUGUACUUCAUGGAGUCCGAGGAGCAGUUAAAGUUAGGCAGUUACGCUUCCUUGAUCUCCACUGACGACGAGGCAGCCACCGGUGUGGAGUUCGACGCCAAUGCGAAGGAGGAGGAGAGCGACACCGAGAGCCUUGACCUGCAGUAUGACCCACCUCUGGCGGAGCACGCCCCAGGGUCCUCGUCGACCGGUCCGUCACCAAGCCCGACACCCCUCGUGUCACCGACGGCCAGACCGGUGCCAGACACUUCGCCGAUGAAGUUGUUGGAGAGACUCAGAGCUCUGGCCGUCCCACCGUGCACAUUGCGUCCCGGGUCCGAUGUUCCGCCCUAUCAUCCGUCUUGGAAGGAUGACAACAUCCACUUCCUGCUUGAGCCACAAAGUUAUUCGCCUGAGGUGGACUGGGGCCAUGGCAUGAUUUGGCAUUCAGGAGUCAUCCAACCAGCAAUACAAAAGGGCGAGUGGGUCAUGGCCGUCGCAGUCCCGGGCGUGGGAUGGGUGUCAAUCCUGCGCGAGUCGAAGUCCAACUUCUUGCACCUCGCGAGGAUUUCGGUCCUCCAAAAAGUGAGGGCCGAAAAUGACAGGUUUGGACCCGAUGACCUGUCCGUCGUUUCCACAGCCGGGCGACUGUUCCAUGAGCUUCAGGACAAGUGCUGGUUGGAAAUGACGGAGGACUACUACGACCUUGACUUGAGCCCGUUGAAGGGCAUGGUGGACUGGAAAGUGCCCCCUUCCAGUGGGCCGCACGGUAGUCCCGACGGGGGUGCACCUGGAGGUGGAGGGGACGGGGGUGGUGGUGUGGGGGGUGGCUAAGGAAUCCCGCCUGGUGGGGAGGGAGGGUCUCACGGCGGCACCACGACACCGG